AUGUCGAGCAAGUCAUUGGAGAAGCUUUUCCCGGCUUCCGCAACACCGUCGAGGAAGGUGCUGCGGAUCUUCGCGGCCAUCUCGCUCGUCGUCGCUUUCUUUCUCUUUUACAGCCAUCUGCGGGCUAGAUAUGACUUGGUCGCUACCGCCAAAGAAGUGUCCCCAGAGCGGAUGUGCGGUGUCGAUGUCAAGGUCCUCGGGCGCUACGGUCUGUCUGGAUCCGUCCACUAUGUGCGUCGAGAGAUUGUCGCCCGUCACACCGACAAGCCGGUGCCCAUGUCCACGCGGCUGGACAUUCCUUUGCUAGACACUCAAAGCGUCAACCUGAGCCAUUCCGCCACGGACCAGGACUACACGGCCAACUGCUCGGAGCCGAUCGUCGUCGAGGUUCCUAUCCCUCCCGCCCCUGUGGACGCCUCCCACAUUGAUUUCGCCAUUGCAACAUCAGGAGAUCGGCUGAUUGGGGCCCUGGACGCUUUUGCGCACUGGGCUAGCGAUAGCAAUGCCCGCAUCUUCGCUCUGAUCGAACCUUACGGAGACAUCAAGAAAAUCAAGCGCAAGGCCAGCUCGCUCGGAAUUAACCUAAUCAUCUUCGAAUCGGAUGCAGAGUACAACGACCGGUACUCCUCGCUGGUCAAGCUCCUGGCUGAGAAUGCUCGCGAGGAAACCAAAUGGUCUUGCAUCAUGGAUGACGAUACCUUUUUCCCCUCUCUCCCUAAGCUCGUGGAAAUGCUUGCGAAGUACGACGAGACGAAACCGUACUAUAUUGGAGGAUUGUCCGAAAGUGACAAACAGGUGGCCGUCUUUGGCAUCAUCGCAUACGGCGGUGCCGGAAUGUUCUUCUCCCGACCUCUCAUGGACCAGCUGCGGGACGUCUGGGACAAGUGCGAGGCCGAUAUGGAGCACGGCGACGGGAAAAUCGCGCACUGCAUCUAUCAAUACACCACGACCAAGCUGACCGUCGACCCGGGUCUGCGUCAGCUGGACCUCAUGGGCGACGCGUCGGGCUUCUUCGAGGCGGCCCGCCCGGUGCCGGUGUCCGUCCAUCACUGGCGGUCCUGGUUCGACGCCGACAUGGUGAAACUCAGCGCUGUGGCACUGGUCUGCGGGACGACGUGUCUGCUCCGCCAGUGGCGCUUCUCGGACGGCUGGAUCCUGACGAACGGCUACUCGGUCAUCCGCUACAGCACGAACAUCCCGGACGACGACAUCAGCAUGGAGAAGACCUGGGACGACAUGAACGGGGCCACGGACGAGUCGUGGCUCUACACGCUGGGACCUUUACGACCCAAGGACCCCAAGAAAUUCAGCUACCGGCUCGAGGACGUCGUGAUAGAAGACGGCCUCAUCCGGCAGUUCUAUAUACACCGCAGUCUCCUUGAAGGCGAUCGCGUUCUGGAGUUGGCAUGGCGAAAGGAAUGA